UGAAACCAUUUCAGCAUUUCCUUACCACUUACGAUCUUAUUCUCCUCCUCCGGCGCACUCCAAGCUUCCUCUUUGUCUGAAGAAAUCUCUGACGUGAAGUUUUACUAAUCAUUGCGUGAUUUACCAUUUUGCUAGAAUAUAGAUCUCUGAUUCUUGAUUCAUUCUCAAGAAACUGUGAGUAUGGACAACGAGCUGUUUAUGAACACAGAGCUUCAGCCACCGCCGGAGCUUCAGCCAUUAAUGAAUCCGAACCUCUCUCAAUAUUCGCCUCCGCAGGAUUGCUUCACGUGGGAAAAGUCAACGGAGCAACAACAAAAACAGGGCAUCUUCGACUCUGCUUUGAGCUCUCUAGUCUCCUCCCCAACGCCGUCGAACUCAAACUUCUCCGGCUGCGGAGGCGGUGACGGUUUCAUUAUCAGGGAACUCAUCGGAAAGCUUAGUAACAGCUCCGCGACUCCGAACAGAACGACGCCGUUGACGGAAUUCUCAGGUGAUCCGGGGUUUGCGGAGAGGGCGGCGAGGUUCUCUUGCUUCGGUAGCCGGAGUUUCAACGGAAGAACUAACUCAACUCUCCCCGUUAACAACAGCAAGAUCGUAAACUCCGGGAAGCUGACACGUGUCGCCAGCACACCAGCUCUUAACUCGCUUGUUUCUCCGAUGGUUCCCGCCGGAGAAUUUUCCCGGAAGAGAAAAUCUGUGUCUAAAGGGAAAUCCAAGGAAAUCCCACUUCCCACUGCUUCCCCAGCACCCAGUUUCACAAAGACGGCGGAAGGAAAAGGAGGGAAAAGGAGAAGACAAGACGAAGAAAAAGAAGAUAACACAAAAGCACCUGAGCCUCCUAAAGAUUACAUCCAUGUUCGUGCUCGACGAGGCCAGGCCACUGACAGUCACAGUCUUGCCGAAAGAGUUCGGAGGGAGAAGAUUGGUGAAAGGAUGAAGCUGCUUGAAGAUCUUGUUCCUGGGUGCAAUAAGGUUACUGGAAAGGCAUUGAUGCUGGAUGAAAUUAUAAACUAUGUACAAUCAUUGCAAAGACAAGUUGAGUUCUUGUCAAUGAAGUUAUCAUCAGUGAACGACACCAGGCUGGAAUUUAACGUGGACGCUCUUGUGUCAAAGGAUGUUAUGAUUCCAACAAGUAGCAACCGGUUGCAUGAAGCAGGACUCCAAGCAGAGUCUUUAAGUCAUCAUAGUUACAAUAAUAAUUCACAAUUGCACACUAAUGUUUCUUCCUGUAACAUGAUGCUUCAAUCUCCUGUGAACUCACUGGAAACUUCUACCUUAGCCAGCAGCUUCACCCACUUACCAACACUUACCCAAUUCACUGACUCAAUAUCUCAGUAUCAAAUGUUUAGCCAAGAAGAUUUACAGAGCAUUGUAGGGAUGGGAGUGGCACAUAAUCCCAACCAUGAAUCUCAAAACAUGAAAAUUGAGCUUUGAUCAACCACCUUUAUUUUCAAGGUCUCAAGCAAGGAAAAAAGAAAAAAAAUUGAUGGGCGUACAUAACCACGCCAAUCUCUGUGAUUUAUUCCUGUACUCAUCACUAUACAUAUACACACAUUUAUGAAAGUAACCUACUUAUGUCA